ACACAGCACAAAAAUUUCGUCGUCGGGUCAGCCAACGCUCGAGCGUCGGUUGAAAAAUUGUAAAAAUAUACAUUGUAAUUGUUACAAAGCGCGUGGUAAAUAAUAAAUAUGCGCAAACGUAAAUUUGAUCAAAGCUGAACUAAUGCGAACAAGCGCAGACAACAAAAAACAAAGGCAGAAACAAGCAAUUGCAGCGUGAGUCGUGGCAUUGUGUACAACCGGACCGGAACAGGAUACCACCCACCCAGCCGGCGCUGAAUUAUCAGCAUAACAUGGAUGUACAAGUCAAGCGUAGAGAUUAGCCGAAUCCUUUGAAUUUUAAAUUCAAAAAUCCUAAUUUAAUUUAGCCUAGUAGCCGUAGCCUAGCCUAAGCCCAUAACUUCUGUGGUUCCAAGCCACAACGUGGUACAAAAAAAUCAAGAAAGAACAACCAAGAAAACGCCCAACAGCGCCACAAAAGCCACGAACGGGUAUAUUGAAAACCAAGAAAGGAAAACCCCAAAGGAUUAAUCAUGACUACGGAUACCCGCCGACGCGUCAAGUUGUACGCACUGAAUGCGGAGCGGCAGUGGGAUGAUCGUGGCACGGGACAUGUCUCCUCGACAUACGUCGAUCGUUUGAAAGAUCUUGCAGGUAUCUCGCUGCUGGUGCGCGCCGAAUCGGAUGGAUCGCUGCUGUUGGAGAGCAAAAUACAACCGGAUACCGCAUACCAAAAACAGCAGGACACGUUGAUUGUGUGGUCCGAGGGCGACAAUUUCGAUCUGGCACUGAGUUUUCAGGAAAAGGCUGGUUGCGAUGAGAUUUGGGAGAAAAUAUGUCAGGUCCAGGGCAAAGAUCCUUCCGUUGAGAUUACACAGGAUAUUGUGGAAGAGUCGGAGGAUGAACGCUUUGAGGACAUGUCGGACACAGCGCCACCCAUCGAGCUGCCUCCGUGCGAGCUAUCACGGCUCGAGGACAUAUCGGAGACCAUUCAGAGCUGUCUCUCCACGCCGCUGCGCAAGGAGAAGCUAUCGAUGGCCCUGGAGUCGGAGAACUACAUCAAGAAGCUGCUGAAUCUGUUCCAUGUGUGCGAGGAUCUCGACAACACCGAGGGGCUGCAUCAUCUGUUCGAAAUAUUCAAGAAUAUCUUCUUGCUGAACAAGAAUGCCCUCUUCGAGAUUAUGUUCGCCGAUGACACAAUUUUCGAUGUGGUCGGCUGUCUCGAGUACGAUCCCAGUGUGGCCCAGCCGAAGAAGCAUCGCCAGUACUUGAAGCAGUGGGCAAAGUUCCGUGAGGCUGUUCCCAUCAAGAACCAAGACCUGCUGGCCAAAAUCCAUCAAACGUUUCGUGUGCAGUACAUACAGGACAUCAUUCUGCCCACGCCGUCGGUUUUCGUCGAGGACAACAUGCUGAACACGCUCUCCAGCUUUAUAUUCUUCAACAAGGUGGAGAUUGUCACAAUGAUUCAGGACGACGAGCGAUUCCUGCUCGACGUUUUCGCUGUGCUCACAGAUACGGCCAUUGGCGACACCAAGCGACGCGACACGGUCCUCUUUUUGAAGGAGUUCUGCAACUUUGCUCAAAACUUGCAGCCCCAGGGCAAGGAUUCGUUCUACAAGACGCUCACCUGCCUGGGCAUAUUGCAGGCGCUGGAGCUGACGCUGGUCAUGAACGAUAAGAAAACCAAGUCGGCCUCCAUUGACAUACUCACGGCAAUUGUAGAGUUCUCGCCGCUGGUUGUGCGCAACUACACGCUGAAUCAGGUCAACCGGCCAGAGGGCGAGCGCAUGCUGCUGAACAUUGCCAUCGAACAAAUGUUGAAUGACUCGGAGCCGGAGCUGGGCAUUGCGGUGCAGCUGAUGGGCAUUGUUAAGAUUCUGCUUGAGCCGGAGAACAUGCUCACCGAGAAGGGAGAUUUUCUCAAUUUCUUCUACAAAUACAGUGUUCAGACUUUAGUUGCUCCGCUAAUUGUCAACACGCUGGGUGACCGUCCGCAAAACGAAGAUUAUCAGACUGCACAGCUGCUUGGCAUUGUUUUGGAUAUUUUGUCGUUCUGCGUGGAGCACCAUAGCUAUCACAUUAAGAAUUUCUUAUUGCAAAAGGAUCUCCUCAAGAAAAUUCUGGUGCUGAUGAAGAGCUCACACACGUUCCUUGUACUCGGCGCACUGCGGCUGCUGCGCAAGAUAAUUGCACUCAAAGAUGAGUUUUACAACAGACACAUUGUCAAGUGCAAUCUUUUUGCGCCGGUUGUGGAUGCCUUUAUUCGUAACAAUGGCCGCUACAAUCUCUUGGAAUCGGCCAUUCUGGAGUUGUUUGAGUUUAUAAAACUCGAGGAUAUACGCACGCUGUGUGUUUAUUUUGUGGAGAACUUUAGCAAAAUAUUUGAUGAAAUCGAAUAUGUGCAGACAUUCAAAUAUUUAAAGAAUCGCUACGAUCAGUACCAGGAUCGACUGAAGGAUCGCGACAAGAUGGAAAACCGCACAGAUGGUGGCCUGCCGAUCAUACGCAGUGGUGGACGGUUUCGUCGGGAUCAGCGUCAAAUGGAAGAGGAGGAAGAGAUGUGGUUCAAUGAAGAGGAUGAUUUCACCGAGGAAAUCGACACAUACAACAAUGUCAUCAAAUCCGUCAGCGAAAAGAAUGGCCCGCAAAACCAAUCACCGCAGCAGAAGUCUUCUCCGCCGCACAGUACGUCACCCCACAGCGGUCUACUGGGGGGUCUGAAUUCCACAGCGACUGCCACUGCCACAGCCACAGCAACUGCCACUGCCACAUCAGCAUCAGCAGCCGGUGCACCCGUGGCAAGUGGAAGCAGCAGCCCAGAGGCGGGCAUUGUCGAUGACCAGGCCCAGGCUGCAGUGCAUCUGGCCGCGGCUGCCAAUAUUGCACUGCAGCAUCACCAGCAACAGCAGCAGCAGCAACAACAGCAGCAGCAGAACCCAUUCCAGCAACAGCAGACACAGCCUGAGAUCGCAGAACUGCACCAGCAGCUGAGCGGUGUCGAGACGCCGCAGAAUCAAGAGUUGGUGCUUUCGACAUCGCCCACAGAUAACGCCUCUUCAUCAUCGUCGUCGUCGUCAUCGGCAUCAUCAUCAUCGCUUGAAGCGUCCACGUCAUCUUCGGCGUCAUCGUCCUCAUCCUCAUCGUCACCGCCGAGUACGUCGGCAGCCGCUUCUCAUUGCGAUUCGGCGACAGUAGCUCAGGUUGUGGCCAGUCAGUUUUUAACGAUCGCUAUCGCCGCGUCCGUGACAGCGGCAGCAACAUCGGCUGCCCCAAAUCUGGCUCCAGCUCCGACUGUGGCCGAUCCCGAUAUCGAGCCCGUCGACUCACAGCCGCCUCCGGGCACCACCAGCGAGCUCGAUGGCCUUCUCGUCCAGUCGGCUGUGGCGGAGAAAGAAUUGGUGGCAUCCAGCAUUGACGCAAGCACAGACUCGGCGAACAGCGAAACGGACAAGUCGACGACCAAGAAGGGCCUGGUCGAUUAUGAGAGCGACUCCGGUGAGGAUGAUGACGAGGAUGAUGAGGACGACUCUGAUGGGCCACAAGCACAAAAGCGCGCGCGUCUGGCAUAGUUGACAGAUGUGGAGCAGCAGGGCGGCAUCAAUUAUAAAUUAGUACACACAUAACCCACACCCACACACUAACACACCAACACCAACGAACGGAACGUAGGGAAGGAGGAGGAGUUGCCGAGAGAGUCGAGCCUAUCCGAACAGGAGGAGAACGUCGAUGGUCAGUGGUCAACCAACCAGCUUGUUAAUGCAUUUUGCGGCAAACCACAGGCACAGGCACAGCAGCAGACGGGAGACGGAGGACGGGAGAUGGCGGUACGAUGUAAGAUCGAACAAGAAAACAUAAAGUUAAAUUUUAGCAUAAAAAAUUUAUUU